AUAAAUCAAUAGAAACAAAGAGUGAGGGUAAACAUGCUUCCUUGCUGGCAAAGUGUGACGCUUAUAGGGUUAUAUAAUGUGACCCGUUUCUAAGGCACAUUGUAUUGUACAACUACAAAACCCUCCCCAACAAGCUCUCACGUUGCAAGCUCAUGAACCGUCAGAGAAACGUGCAGAGUCCGCGUUUGCACAGGCUCUCUCGACUCUAGAUUUUUUUCAAAACAUUUAAGAUCAUUCUGUACUAAUCUCUUCCAACAGAAGACAGUUUUUCGAUCACGUAAAGCGUUUAGAAUGGGCUGUGUUUGCAUGAAGCAGAGACUUGAAUGUGAAAACUUAGCAGCAGUUCUUGCUUCUCAAACCUGCUUUAAGGUAAAUGAGGUUAAAUCUUUGUACGAGUUGUUCAGGAAGUUGAGCAGUUCUAUAGUUGAUGAUGGCCUUAUAAGCAAAGAAGAGUUUCAGCUCGGAUUGUUCAGGAACAGCAAAACACAAAGUCUGUUUGCAGAUAGGGUCUUCCAUAUGUUUGACACGAAACGUGAUGGGGUGAUAGGAUUCGAAGAGUUUGUUCGAUGUCUGAGCGUGUUCCACCCGGAAGCACCCCAAGCAGAGAAGGCUGCAUUUGCAUAUCAGCUAUAUGAUAUAUGGCAGACAGGCUUCAUCGAACGCGAAGAGGUGAAAGAAAUGGUUCUCGCGCUUUUGAAAGAGUCGGACUUGAUCCUGUCUGAUGACAUUGUUGAAGCGAUAAUUGAUAAGACAUUUGAGGAAGCAGACUUAAAGGGAGACGGAAAGAUUGAUCUUGAAGAGUGGAAUGAGCUCGUGAAUGGCAAUCCGUCCUUAUUGAAGAACAUGACAAUUCCAUACCUCAAGUAUUUCCACCUUUGCCAAUAUCUAAUUUUCUGUUUCAUUACAAUUCAAGUAAAACCUUACAACCAUCAAAACGCUAUGUCGAAGCUGAUAGAAUUUUUCAUUCAAUGCAGGGACAUCACGACAUCAUUUCCUAGUUUCGUGAUGAAAACAGACAAUGAAGACGACAAUAACAUCUACCUCUAAAUCGGAUCCCAUUGCAUUACCAAAAGGAAAAACAUAUACAAUGCACUUUUAGUAAUGUCACUUGUAUACUGAAUUGUACGAUUUAAUGUUGUAAGCAGUUGAUGCAGAAAGUAUAGUACCAAAAAUUUCGAGGAGCUUCUCUGUUUGAUCUUUGU